AUGGAUAGUAAAAGAGAUUAUAAUCAUAAUAAUGAAGAUAAUAAUAAUCAUCAUGACGAUGAUGAUCAAGUAGAGAAAUGGGUACCAUUAAAAGAAAGAAAAGCAAAGAAACUCAAACAAUAUAGUGAAACGAUAAAGUCGUCUCUUCCACAAUCAGAUCAUCAUGAUAGUAGCAAGAUAAAGAAAGAUAUAUCAGAUGAAAAGAAGGAUGGACAAGAGUCAUCAGAAGGUGACAAGAACAAGUAUAAGAGUUUGAUUGAACAGAAAUUAGAAAUACUCAAACAACAAGAACAAAUGCAAAAAGAAGGAAAGGGAUUCAACGAAGAGGAAGAAAGAAUUAAAAGAGAAGAGGAAGAGAUUUUAAAGAGUAUAAAGUCAUUUGUACCAUUGGUAUCGGUUAAAGACCGUGCCAAAGAUGUGGUGUACAAAGAUUCGAUCAAGACUGAUUGGCGACCACCUCGCUACGUAUUGGAUCGUGGUGAGAGUACACACGGAGAUCUUAGACAAGCACUACAUAUACACGUUGCAGGUGAGGAAGUGCCACCACCACUCACAUCGUUUGCAGAGAUGAAGUUGCCACGUGAAAUCAUCCGGUAUCUCAAGGAAGCAAAGGGUAUCAAGAAACCUACACCCAUUCAAAUUCAAGGUCUACCCGUAGCAUUGAGUGGACGUGAUAUGAUUGGUAUUGCAUUUACUGGGAGUGGCAAGACACUUGUAUUUGCACUGCCAAUGGUGUUGUUGGCAAUGGACGCUGAAAAGAGACUGCCUAUCGAGGCGGGUGAAGGUCCCUUUGGACUGAUCAUCUGUCCAUCACGUGAACUUGCUCGACAGACAUACGAUUUGGUCAACGCACUAUCAGACGCCAUAAAAAAGGAGCGUGGAUUCGAGUUGCGUACAUUGUUGGCAAUUGGUGGUAUCGAUAUGGGCGAGCAAGAGCAUCUCUUUAAACGUGGUAUUCACAUGAUUGUCGCUACGCCCGGACGUCUGAUCGACCUCCUCAACAAGCGUCGUGUCAGUCUAGCCUAUUGUAAAUAUUUGGGGCUUGAUGAAGCCGAUCGUCUCAUUGAUCUUGGAUUCGAAGACGAUAUCCGUACGGUCAUGGACUAUUUCCAAGGACAGAGACAAACACUACUCUUCUCUGCCACCAUGCCCAAGAAAAUUCAAACUUUUGCUCGUAGUGCCUUGGUACGUCCCGUCGAAGUCAAUGUCGGACGUGCAGGUGCUGCCAAUCUCGAUGUCAUUCAAGAAGUGGAAUAUGUAAAACAAGAAUCUAAAAUUGUUUAUUUAUUAGAAUGUUUACAAAAAACUGCUCCUCCUGUAUUAAUAUUUUGUGAGAAUAAAAAGGAUGUAGAUGAUAUUCAUGAAUAUUUAUUAUUAAAACAAGUUGAAGCUGUUGCAGUACAUGGAGACAAAUCACAAGAGGAACGUGAUACAGCGAUUAAAGCAUUUAAAGAUGGUAAAAAAGAUGUGUUGGUGGCUACCGAUGUGGCUAGUAAGGGUUUGGAUUUCCCAGACAUUCAACAUGUCAUUAAUUUCGAUAUGCCAAAGGAAAUUGAAAAUUAUAUUCAUCGUAUUGGUAGAACUGGUAGAUGUGGAAAGACUGGUGUCGCAACAACCUUUAUCAACAAAAAUCAAAGUGAAUCUGUAUUGUUGGAUCUCAAACAUUUGUUAAUCGAGUCGAAACAAAAGGUUCCACAAGUACUACUCGAAAUUCAAGAUGACUCUUCUUCCUAUCUCAUGACUGGUGGUGUUGCAGAAGAAGAAGAUCAAUCAUUAUCAUGUGACUAUUGUGAUGGUCGUGGUCAUCGUCUCAUUAAUUGUCCAAAACUUAAACAACAACAACAAAAACAACAAGGUUCUAAAAGAGAUUUUAUGGGUGGAGAUGGUGGUUAUUAA